UUUCCAGGCACGCUUCUCAACCAUUGCUUUCCUCGCCUGAUCAUCCCUCGUACACUUGAUGGUCUUUGUUCCUUUUCUUUCUACUUUCGUUUUUUUGGUAGACAGAAAUUUUAACUAAGAAACAAUCUCAAGGGAUCAGGGUGAAAGGAAGAGCUUGAGCUCUUUGUCAUGGGGGAAACCAUGGAAGCCCCCCGGGGCAAAACCCUAAAGCUCCUCCUCCUCGUGCUCAACUGCGCCAUGCUCUCCCUCGGCACGUGCGGCGGCCCGCUCCUCAUGCGCCUCUACUUCGUCCAUGGCGGGGCCCGCGUGUGGCUCUCCAGCUGGCUCGAGACGGGUGGCUGGCCGAUCAUCUUCGUCCCCCUCGCGGUGGCCUACUCCCGCCGGCACGCCGCCGAGGGCCCCUCCACCCGCCUCGUCCUCAUGGACCCCUUCCUCUUCGUCGCCUCGGCCAUCAUCGGGGUACUCACAGGCCUCGACAACUACCUCUACGCAUACGGCGUGGCGCGGCUCCCCGUCUCGACAUCAGCCCUGCUCAUUGCGCCGCAGCUGGCCUUCACGGCCGGGUUCGCGUUCCUGCUGGUGAGGCAGCUGUUCACGUCGUACUCGAUCAACUCGGUAUUCCUGCUGACGAUUGGGGCGGGGGUGCUGGCCAUGCACACGAGUAGUGACCGGCCAGAGGGGGAGUCGAACCGGCAGUACUACGCGGGGUUCGUCAUGACGCUCGGGGCGGCGGCGCUGUACGGGUUCAUACUGCCGCUGGUGGAGCUGACGUACAAGAAGGCCAAGCAGGCGAUCACUUACUCGCUGGUCUUGGAGAUGCAGCUGGUGAUGUGCUUCUUCGCCACCGCUUUCUGCACCAUCGGCAUGCUGGUCAACAAGGACUUCCAGGCGAUUUGUAGAGAAGCAAGGAACUUCGAGCUCGGAGAAGCCCGGUACUACGUGGUGCUCGUGUGGAAUGCGAUCAUCUGGCAAUUCUUCUUCUUGGGAGCCAUAGGAGUCGUCUUCUAUUCCUCCUCCCUGUUCUCGGGAAUCGUCAUCGCCGUUCUUCUCCCGGUCACUGAGAUCCUAGCCGUCAUAUGCUUCCAGGAGAAGUUCCAGGCGGAGAAGGGCGUGUCCCUGGCCCUCUCUCUCUGGGGCUUCGCCUCGUACUUCUACGGCGAAUUCAAACAUGCAAAGAAGGAAAAGAAGCAACGGCAGCAGCAGCAAGAGACCGAAGCGCGUCAACAAGGCCUUCCUUGAAGGUGAAGAAGUGAAAGAUAUGGCUUAUCCUUAGGCUACUGUUGUAGUAUGUCUUAAUUCUGUCCCAUAGCGCUGCUACUCGCAAUCUGCAUCGCAGCAGAACUAAUCUAGCCUUCCUUUACUGUCUUUGGCGGUUGGAUUUGUAACAACGCAAGGCAAAAGAAUUAAAGGUCCAUUCAAGAAAAAGAGUGAGUUAAAGGGAAAAAAAAACGGAACUGUCAGUUGUAAAUGUAAUUGAACCUGGUAAAAAAAGUUGUAAUUGAAGACUUGUGUUGCUGCAUAGAUGCAUGCUAUAAUGUCAUGUUGUACGUUUGAUUGUCUAA